GACCGCUUUACGGCUGACGUGCUCCACGUAUCGACGGCAUGGAGGCUGAGGAGACGGAGGCAACGGCGGAGCGAGGGCAGUUGGAAGAGCUAAACCAGACAACAGAGGCGGAGAAGGAACAGGAGGAACCCGAAGAAACAGCUUGCAGCAAGAAGCGGGUGGUGCCGGGCAUCGUGUACUUGGGCCACGUCCCGCCGCGCUUCCGGCCCCUGCAUGUCCGCAACCUGCUCAGCGCCUAUGGCGAGGUUGGGCGCGUUUUCUUCCAGGCGGAGGACCGGUUCGUGAGACGCAAGAAGAAGGCAGCGGCCUCCGGAGGGAAGAAGCGGCCCAAGUACAGCAAGGACUACACCGAGGGCUGGGUGGAGUUCCGCGACAAGCGGGUGGCCAAGCGGGUGGCGGCCAGUCUGCACAACACCCCCAUGGGCGCUCGCCGGCGCAGCCCCUUCCGCUACGACCUGUGGAACCUCAAGUAUUUGCACCGUUUUACAUGGUCCCACCUCAGUGAACACCUUGCCUUUGAGCGCCAGGUGCGACGCCAGCGUCUGAGAGCAGAGGUUGCCCAGGCCAAGCGUGAGACCGACUUCUAUCUUCGAAGUGUAGAGCGGGGACAGCGCUUCCUUGCGGCUGAUGGAGAUCCUACCCGCCCGGACCGCUCCUGGGCCUUUGCCCAGCGUCCCACGGAACAGGAGCUGAGGGCCCGGAAAGCAGCUCGUCCAGGAGGGCGUGAACGGGCGCGCCUGGCUGCAGCCCAGGACCAGGCCCGCUCCAACCGAGGGCUCCUUGCCAGAAUCUUUGGAACCCCACCACCCUCGGGGAGUACAGAGGAACCUUCCCUGGCCAGGGACGUGUGAGGGCAAGGGAGGCCCCUUUCAUCUGUCGUAGCUCUGCUUCCUGUCUACCUCAUGCCGGAAUGAUACUGACACCCUGGCAAGCAUUUUCAGCCUGUUUCUGAAACCAGAAGUCUGAUGAGGCCCAGACAUGGAAGUUUUGUGGGCCUCCCCUCCUCUUUAGCCCAACUUCUAUAAUUGUCUGGCUUAGGCACCUUAUUCAUACUAGCAUGAUUAUGACUAUUGCAGAUGCCUGGUUAGUCUUGCUUGACUUGGUAGCCUGCCUCUUACUUAGUAGGGUCCUUUAAAAUGCCAUUUUCUUGGCCCAGGAAUGGCCUUUAUUUGCAGCUAGAGUGGAAAUGGAUGGUCCAGGCAGUCUUCUCCUGUUUACUGAGUACAGAUAAGGAAGCAACAUCAUUUUAUUUCAGAAAACAGAUGUAAGAGUUACCAGCUUGGAACUGGAUUGGGAACCUCCUUCCAGAUGUUUUCAGAGAAAAGAAGCUUUGUUAGUUUUUAAGGUUGAGAGUCAUUUGUCAAGUUUCAGUUUUCAUCUUGUGUUACAUUCAUUGACCUUCACUCCACCUCCUUGUCUCAGAGCCUUUGUUCAACUAGAUCCUUCUUUUUUUCCUAUUUAAUUCCUGAACCCAGAAUAUUUGUUAAAUCACAGUGUGAGAAACAGCAGCAAUGGGUGAUAAUGACCUUGGUGUUAGGAGUCUUACAGGUCACUGGAAUAAGAUCGAUGGACAUCAUAUCAUGGUAGAAGCAAAUAAGGGAUAGAGAGGGGCCCAUGGCAGGACAUGGAGUGCUCUCAGUGUGGAUCUGAUUCAUGAUCACAGGCAGCAGGAGGGGCAGGCUUCACCAGGUCUCCCUAGGUCACUGCUGGAGGUGAACUGGGAAAAUGGCAGAGCAGAGGUCUGAACAAAUCUGGUACUCCUACAGUUCAAACUGCUUCACAGGUGGAGUGUUGGGGCAAAUCAUGGUAAAGGGCAGAAGCUUGAGGGAAGUGGGAACAGAUCACUCAAGUGCACUUGUAUGUGCGUUGGGGCUGUGAGGGAUUCACAAGCACAUGUGGAGCAGCCCUGAUUGCUUCAAAGCAUCAGGAUGAGCCAUCAGAGUGAACUGAAAACUUGGGUGUCACAAUAAACAAGUCUGUCCGAUCUCAGAGUAAAACAUCAUUAUACAUGCAGGAAGUGCUUGUAGAGUGUGAUUUUAAUUUGGUUUUGUUUGUGCUGUUUCUUUAGUUUCUUGGUAAACCCUAUCCCCAUUAAUGUAAUUAUCCAUGUUUUAUUUGAGUGGAGUGGAUUCAUCCACUUCUUUGGCUGUAAAAUAGCCAUGUUGUGAUCUUAACUUGAUAGGUGUGCUUUAUUGGGAGAGUAAAAAUGACCAUAGGGUAAAGCUUGGUAUGGUAUUUCUCACAACCCAUGUUCUGUCCCUCCCGACAGCACACAAACAUCUGUGUGGUAUUAGUUCCCAAAUGUCGGGAACUUGGUGUCCUUUCUUCUGCGUUCCUUUCCUGUGAGUUUCUUUCAUGUGAAUUGUUUCUUGAGGUCAUUGUGCCUUCAAGUGUGCCAGAGAAAUCCAGCAUCAGGAUUUGACAAGGUGUUACAUUCGUUUCUUUAAAAUUACCAAUGCCUGUAGGCACCUUUGCUAGAUAAACAGGUGCCAAGACAGGGAAGAAACCUCUUUCCCUCAAGUUGCCCACUGCUGAGAAAGUAAAACAACACAAUAGUGCUUAGUGAGAAUUUCUUGAUGAGUGAAUUUGUUCCCAGGCUGGUGAAGGGCCAGCAUCUCAAGCUCCACCCCAAAUCUUCAGAGAGCCCCCACCUACAGCCAGUCAAGCUAGGAGUCAGUUGGAGGAAAAGGAGUUACCUAGGAACUUUCAUCUUGAUUACCUCUAGACCUGAAGCACUUUGAGACCAGGAAUUAAUUUUUUUAAGAAUCAGGGUGAGCCAUCAAAACGGUUUACUAUGUUGAAGAUCAAGAGAUUCAUCUAGAAUCUACUAUUAGCAAUAGUUUUCAGAUUUUAAAAUGGUAUAUCUUUAGGUUUUGAAAGGAAGAUUAAAAUCAUCUUUAUGACACUUAAAAGCAGUGUUUACUUCUAGUUAUGUAGUUGUUAUUCCUAAAACAUGAGCUUCUAUAACAUUCCAUUUUCUCCUGUUCUUUGAUGUAUAUUAGUCUUUGGUAAAACGUGUGAAUAUAAUGUUGGAAUUUCUUCAAAAUUUGUUACUUUGCCCUAAGUUUUGUUCUAGUUUUUACUGAAAUGGUUGCUUAUGCAAAUUAAACCUUCUUAUGAAGAAAAAAAAAAAAAGGGUUACUAUCCCCUGGGGUUCACCAGCCCCUUUAAGGGCAA